AGCCCAUGGGCGUAGGAAACGGCUUCCAUGUCUUCUAUUGGUGGAUCCAGGUGUCAAUCAUCUAGUGAAGUGGGCGGAUCUAGAGCAAAAAUGGCGACUUUAUCUGUCGGAGAGCCUCAAGAGAUGGAAGUUGACAGGAGGGGUGAGUCUGAGGAAUCAGGUGAUGAUGAGACCAAGAGGAGGAGUCUUAAUGGAGAGGUCGACUCUCUGCAAGCCCCUUCAACUGUACCUGAAGAGUCACCUGUUGACAUGGACACUAUAACCUUAGACCCAGAUGAAGAGGAUGUGGAUCUGGUCCACUGUCGCAUUGGGAAGAUCGAAGGUCUGGAGGUUCUCCAGAAGGCAAAGACAAUUUCACUCAGACAAAACCUCAUCAAACGGAUUGAGAAUUUGGACAGCCUCGUCUCAUUAAAGGAACUUGAUCUUUAUGACAACCAGAUCCGUAAACUAGAGAAUCUUCAUACCCUAACAGAGCUCGAGCAGCUAGAUGUAUCAUUCAACUUAUUGAGGAAGAUUGAGGGAUUGGAUAGUCUCACAAAAGUCAAGAAGCUCUUUUUGCUUCAUAAUAAGAUUACAAGCAUUGCCAACCUCGAUCACCUGACGAGCCUCCAGAUGCUUGAGCUGGGCUCUAACCGCAUCAGGGUUAUUGAGAAUCUGGACUCUCUGAGUUCUUUGGAGAGUUUGUUCCUUGGCACGAAUAAAAUCACUCAACUACAGAACCUUGAUGGAUUGCACAAUCUGACAGUUCUUAGUAUCCAGAGUAACCGCAUCACGAAGUUGGAGGGACUCCAGAAUCUUGUGAACCUGCGAGAGCUUUACUUGAGUCAUAAUGGCAUUGAAGUCAUGGAGGGCCUGGAGAACAAUAAAAAGCUGACAACUUUGGACAUCGCUGCAAACAGGAUAAAAAAGAUUGAAAAUAUCAGCCAUUUGACUGAUUUAAAAGAAUUUUGGAUGAAUGACAACCAGAUAGAUAACUGGGCAGACUUGGACGAACUCAAGAACGCCAAAGGUCUAGAGACUGUCUAUCUGGAGAGAAACCCCCUGCAGAAGGACCCUCAAUACAGACGCAAGAUCAUGUUGGCGCUUCCCAGUGUCAGGCAGAUCGAUGCCACCUUCAUCCGUUUCUAAUCAUCCACUUCACCUGCCCAGCCACAUUGUGCCCUCCCUCACCCAACCCUCCACUGUGCAUUACAAACGCACCACCACCAUAUUUCCCUCAUGCACACCUUCUGCCCUAUUUACCUCUUUUAUUUACUUUUUAACAACAACAACAAAAAAGAGUCUUACACUCCAAAUGUUGCCAUUCAAUGUGCCGGCACCUUUUACUCACACAGAGACUAUAUACCUAUGCUCUGACUUAUAAUAUAGCGUGAAUGCUUGUUAAUUUAUUUUCAGUUUAAGACCUGAUAAGUGUGAGCUGAUAGGAGCUGACGCCUGUUGCUCAGAAAAUAUAUCAAUGCUGACCUUUACUUCCCUUAGCAUUUUGGCUAGGAAAUGAUUGCAUUCUAGUCCCUUUGCUCUUCCUGCAUCCACGUAGGUGAUAGGCUAAUGUCAGACAUUUCUGUCUGUAUAAUUUACAUCAGGCGUUGAGAUCUUAUUUACUUAAUGAGGUGGUAAAAACGUCACAUUGCAUUCAGGUACUGAAGACGGCUAUGAGGAAGUUCUUACUCUUUGAUGUGAUCAGGGACUAUUUCCUUGAGUGAUAUGUUAUGAUUCAGUUUGCAUAUCAGUUCUGUUUUUGGUUGUAGCAGUAUGUUAAAAUUUUAGCAGUAGAAAUGUGACCGCAUAUUGUUCACUCUUCAUUAAUAAUGAAUAUAUAAUAACACCCUCAAUGAGAGAUUAAUUCCAUUUUAAAACUAAGGUUAUGUUACACAAUCUUGAGUCUAUGGCAUUUUAGAUGUUCUACAGAGCAAGGUAGAUCACUAUUGUUUUUAUUAGACCUGAAGAAGACCUGAUUUUUGAAGAAGGAAAUAUCACAUGCACUCAAAAUAUUCACACACUUCAUAUUAAUGCAUGACCUGAGGAGUAAUUUUCUCCCCCCUGGUAGGAGGUGAAUGGAAGAGGCCACAGUGUGGUGACUCUGUUUGGCCACUCCCAUUUGACCAGUGGUAGGGGGGUCUUGAGAGGGCUCAGCUGAUACUGUAUAAAAUGAAGCCAACCCCUUUAAAAGGGAAUAAAAACAACUGCAUAGGAUUGCUUUUAAUUUGCUCAAAUGUUCACUUUGUUUUCAAAGCUUAGUUGACUGUUUCAGAAUUGAAUGUACUAUAAAUAAUAAACUGAAUUUGAACAGUG